AUGAGCGCUCUCGCGGCUCUCGUCGCUGCCGCCGUCGGCUGGCAGGUCGGCUCCCCGCGGUGCGCGGGCGCCGCGCCGCGCUCGCCGCCGCCGGCGCUCGCCGCCGACGGCGUGACCAAGCUCGACAAGGUGCGGCCGGGCGAGCUCGACAAGCGCGCGGAGCGGCGGCGGAUCAUGUCGCAGGACAAGUACAAGCGCGGCAACGCGCCGUUCGAGCGAUCGACGCACACGGCCGUGGCGGAGAAGAUGUCGCAGGCCUUCGCCUCGGACCUCGUCCAGCAGAUGAAGGAGGGCACCACGCGCGAGCUGGUCAAAGGGGAGGGCAGCCGCGCCAUCACCUUUCAGCUCGCGCAGGAGUACGGCUUCUGCUGGGGCGUGGAGCGCUCGAUCGAGCUCGCGUGGGCGGCGCGCGACGCGUACCCCGACCGGCCGAUGCACAUCACCAACGAGCUCAUCCACAACCCCGGCGUCAACGGACUGCUCAAGGCGCGCCGCCGCCCGGGCGCCGGCGGGAUAGGGCGGGGGUGCCGGGUGGACAUGGACAUCAACUUCAUCGAGCAGACCGAGGAGGGGAAGCGCUUUGGCGACAUUGAGGACGGGGACGUGGUCAUCCUGCCCGCGUUUGGUGGCCCUCGCAGCCGCCCCGGCGGCCCGGCGGCGCCUCCCUCGCUCACCUCGCGUGGGCGGUCGGUAGGCGCCUCGCUCGAGGAGAUGCAGAUGCUCGACCAGCGGGGCGUGACCGUGGUCGACACCACUUGCCCGUGGGUGUGGACGACGGUGGACAAGCACGCGCAGAAGCAGAUGACUUCGGUGCCGCGCGCGCGGAGGGUGAUCCACGGCAAGUGGGCGCACGAGGAGUCGGUCGCGACGGCGUCGAUGGCGCAGCACUACAUCAUCAUCAAGGACCUCGAGGAGGCGCGCGAGAUCGCAGCCUACAUCAUGGGGGAGGAGGGCGCGCUCACCGACGAGGAGCUCCUCGACAAGUACAAGAAUGCCGUCUCGGAGGGGUUCGACCCGAAGAAGCACCUGAAGAAGAUUGGCGUCGCGAACCAGACCACGAUGUACAAGAAGGAGAAUGCAGGCGGGGGCGGAUUGGCCUUUCGAUAUUUCCCCAACGGGGCGAUCGGCAAGCUCCUCGAGAAGGCGAUGAUCCAGGCGUACGGGCCGGAGCACGCCGCCGAGAACUUCGCCGCCUUCGACACGAUCUGCGACGCCACGCAAGUGCGGCAGGACGCGAUCACCGAGAUGUCGGAUCCCGAGUCGGCCGCCGCGCUCGACUUUGUCCUCGUGGUCGGCGGCUGGGACUCGUCCAACACGGCGCACCUGCUCGAGAUCCCAAUCGCGGCGGGCAUGACGGGCUACCACAUCAACGAGGCGUCCUGCAUCGCCGCCGACGGCACCAUCACGCACAGGACCGUCGAGGGCGAGGUGGUCACCACCACCGACUUUUUGCCGCUCGACCGGCCGGCUCGGAUCGGCGUCACCUCGGGCGCGUCGACGCCCGACUCGGUGGUGCAGGAGUGCCUCGAGCAGCUAGUCCUGCUCAAGUCGCUCUCCGGAGAGGAGUAG